AUUGCUCUUGAGGUUGACGCGGCCUCGCGGGCAGUAAAAUGAGAGCGGGCGGGUGCAUGCUGCCUAGAGCUUGUCAUGGCGACUUACGUGAGUGAGCUGGAGGUGGCCAAGAAAAACCUGAGCGAAGCUUUGGGCGAAAAUGUGAAGCAGUACUGGGCUAAUUUGAAACUAUGGUUUAAGCAAAAGAUCAGCAAAGAAGAGUUUGAUCUGGAAGCUCGGAGGCUCCUCACUCAAGACAAUGUUCAUUUUCACAAUGACUUCUUGCUAGCUAUUCUUACACGAUGUCAAAUCUUGGUUUCUGCACCAGAAGGUGCUGGCUCUCUGCCUUGGACAGGAGGUUCUGCACCAAAACCUGGCAAGCCUAAAGGGAAGAAAAAAUUUUCUUCGGUUCGGCAGAAGUUUGAUCACCGGUUCCAGCCCCAGAAUCCUUUGUCUGGAGCUCAGCAGUUUGUGGCGAAAGAUCCCCAAGAAGAUGAUGACUUGAAGCUUUGUUCACACACAAUGAUGCUUCCCACUUGGGGCCAGCUCGAGGGAAGGAUGAUUGUCACUGCUUAUGAGCAUGGCUUGGAUAAUGUCACCGAAGAAGCAGUUACAGUUGUUGUCUAUGCCGUAGAGAAGCAUCUUAAGGAUAUCCUUACCUCUGUAAUAUCAAGAAGAAAGGCUUACCGUGUGAGGGACGGUCACUUCAAAUAUGCGUUUGGAAGUAAUGUCAAUCCACAGCCGUAUCUGAAGAAUAGUGUCAUUGCUUACAAUAACUUAACUGAGUGCCCUCCUACCUGCUUGGCUCCCCCACCUGGUCAAAAUCUUGCAUCCCAUCUACCACCUGACGAUGCAGAACAACAAGCAGCCCUCCUUUUGGCCUGUUCCGGGGACACCUCACCAGCAACCCUGCCCCCAGUGAAUAUGUAUGAUCUCUUUGAGGCACUGCAGAUCCACCGGGAAGUGGUCCCUGCCCAUACUGUCUAUGCCCUCAAUAUUGAAAGGAUCAUUCUGAAACUCUGGCAUCCAAACCAUGAGGAGCUUCAGCAAGACAAAAUCCAUCGGCAGAGGUUGGCGGCGAAGGAAGGCCUCCUAAUGUGCUAAGACUGUUUCCAGUGCUGACUUUGGGCUGGACUAAUAUAUCUUCAAUGUGCCAGUUGGCAUUUUGAUUUUAGAAUCUCAACAUUUGCAUUAUUUUAUGAGCACUUCCAGGUAGAAGUGUGAACAUGUUUCCCAUGGAAAUAUGACUCAAACUGAAGAGCAUAUAAGCGUAAAACAAAGCCCUGAUUGCUUAGAAGACCGACUACUUUGCUGAUAACUUUCAACAAACUGAAUAGCAUUAUUUCUGAAAAUCUUUCUGUUCUACUAGAAAAUGGAUGUUGUAGCAAAAACCACAUUUUUAUUUUCAUUCCGUCCUUAAUAUAUAAGAUGAUGCUCUGUCUAUCUGCAAUACAAGGAUAGAGUUCCCACAGUCCCCAGAUAUGUAGGGUAUCUAAGCUACUGCUUUGGGUUGUUUUUACAAACAUACAUUGUAAAUAUACUACACAAAACUUUGUUUUGUUGGUAUUUCUUUUGUAUAAUUUGUGUUUAUUUCAUAUUGGAGAAGUCCUGGUUCAUUAAAAUAAACUUUAUUAUAAAACAAU